UCUUCGAGACCUAGGACGUGUUUGUGUUUCAUAUUCAGAUACGGCGAAGCAAAUCGAGUUAACGCCAUGGAGGACCAAACUCACGCUACCAACAAAGAUCCCUUCCUCCUGAAUUACAACCCUUCUGAACGCCGAAUUGCUUCUGAGUUUUUGGGUACAUGGCUUCCCUUCCUUUCCCGAGAUCUCUGCACCAACUGCGCCCAAUCGCUCUCCGAUCGCAUCCGCUCCAUCGACCCUCACCCAGAGUCUCAAAGCCUAGGAGAUGAUGUUUCGAACGUGCAACCACAGGAGAUGAGUGACGGCGUUGAAGAUAACUGUGACGCGCAUUCUCUUGGUAGUUGGAAUGAUGGGGCAGAGGCGAAUUCGAAUUUCGAGACUCCUCGAAUGUCCUGGGCUGAUAUGGCGCAGGAAGAUGAUGAUUUCGAUGAAGUAGUUCAUGAACAAAAGAAUAAAAAAUCUAAUGUUGUGGUGGCUGCUUCAAAUUCAAAUUCAAAUUCUUCAGAAGCAAUCCAAGUUGUUGCUGAGAAGCCUACAUUACCUAGGGAGCAGAGGGAGUACAUUAGGUUUAUGAACGUGAGGCGUAAGAAGGAUUUCAUAUGUUUGGAGAGGGUUCAUGGGAAGCUCGUUAACAUCCUCGAAGGACUGGAACUCCACACGGGUAUUUUCAGUGCUGCUGAACAGAAGAGGAUCGUCAGUUACGUUGCUUCACUACAAGAGAUGGGGAGAAAGGGAGAAUUGAAAGAUCGGACAUUCACGGCUCCUAAAAAAUGGAUGAGAGGCAAGGGACGUGAGACUAUCCAAUUCGGUUGCUGUUACAAUUAUGCAGUGGAUAGAGAUGGUAACCCACCCGGUAUUCUUCCGCGUGUAACGGUGGACCCCAUACCCGAUCUGUUUAAGGUCAUCAUCCGACGCCUCAUUAAGUGGCAUGUGCUCCCUCCUACUUGUGUGCCAGACAGUUGCAUUGUGAAUAUCUAUGAGGAAGGGGACUGUAUACCUCCACAUAUAGAUAGCCAUGAUUUUCUUCGACCGUUUUGCACUGUCUCAUUUCUUAGUGAGUGCAAUAUAGUUUUUGGGUCAAACUUGAAGAUUGUGGGCCCUGGUGAAUUUGAUGGUUCAUUUACUAUUCCCCUACCUCUCGGAUCUGUACUUGUCUUAAAUGGAAAUGGAGCUGAUGUAGCCAAACACUGUGUACCUGCAGUUCCUAUGAGAAGGAUAUCAAUAACAUUUAGAAGAAUGGAUCCAUCCAAGCGGCCUUUUGGGUAUGUUCCAGAGCCUGAUCUUCAGGAUAUCCAACCAUUGGUCUAUGAAGUUGACAAGGAAAUGAAGUCAAGUGGACCAAGACCAAAUCGUCAUAAGAGACAUAGAGACACGAGAGGUGGAAGGACUGAUGCUAUGGGUUAUGCAAGUUCGUUGGAGCCUCAUAAGAGACCUAGAAGUGAUAGAUUUUUGGAGCCUCGUAAGAGACCUAGAAGUGAUAGAUUCUUGGAGCCUCGUCAGUUGGCUCAAAGUUCACAAAGGCCUGCGAAUAGGUGGAGUAGGGUAAAGCUCGAUAGUUGACAGAUGCUGUGUUAUUAGCAUCCAAGCCAAGGCACCUGCUUUUUCUUUUUUUUUCUUAUUGUAUAAAAAGAGGACCGAUAUACUAACUACCGUGGUUUUUUACUACCAUUCACUACUUUGUUAAUUACCGUUAGAUUAUCAUAUUAAUCAACGGUUAUUAUUAGUUUUAAAUUUUCGACAAUCUCUCUCUUCUUUCUUCUUUCUCAGCUUUCUCUUCUUCCUACCCUCUUUAGUUUUCAUUCUCUUUUUAUGCUUCGACUCUGCUCCGUCACCAGCCCAACCACACCGCCCUCUUUUUAUGUUUCCUGAAGACAGUUACCCAAAUCAUUCAAAACCAAUUAUUUAAAAAUCCAAGGCUUAAAGAACGCAGGAACACAAGUGGAAGAGAGUAAUCCGGAACUGAAGUGGAAGCUAGGUUUGGGAGUUGGACACGAUUUCUGCAUAUUCGAAAUGUCAGAUUUGGUAUGCUGAUUUGGGUGCCAUGAUUUCUGCAUAUUCGAAAUGUCAGAUUUCUAUCUGACGCUUAUAUUUGUUUUUCAGGUUUCGGUGUAGGUUGCGGUUUCGGGGUAGGAUGGGGCUUCAGAGCAACUGCUUAUGGCCCAGUCAGCUUUUUCCCCGACUUUCUUUUACGCUACAGUUAACUUAUCUGUUAUCCUUGUCUGUUUCACAGGAAAGUUCUAAGGUAGCUGGUCAUUAGUUGAGAUCAGAUAUGGAUGAUGCAUCAUGGAAGCUCACUGAAAAUAUGGAUGUCUCAGGUGCUAAAGCAGCUAGCUUGCUGUUGGGGCAACUUUAUUGAGGGACUAUAGUUUCUUUCACAUUUUUGCUGAAUCUGAUUGCCGGAAUUGUAUUACUUCUUUGCAAAGAGUAAUUCAAAAUUCCAUGGCUACACUCCUACAGUAGUUAUGUGCUACACAUGGAUGAUUUUUUGAGAUGCACAUGGUUAUUUCUGGAGAUGCACAUGGCUGAUUUUGGAUAUGCACAAAGCUGAUUGUUAUUUGGAGAGUCACAUGGCUGAUUUUUUCAUAUGCAUAUGGCUAAUUGUUGAAACAGAUUUAGUGGAUUUAAGGACAACCAAUGAGAUUCAAUGUUAUUUAUCAAAUGUAAUUUUUAUUUAUUCAAAAAUUCAAAAUUGUUAUUGUUAAUGAGAUUG